AUGUCCGGAAACUAUCCGAACUUACCAUAUGGUGAAAGGCUUCCAUGUCCAGUUUUUCCUGUCAAUGGUCCUAAGCAAGGUACAUUUGAUUACUAUGUGCUUGUGUGUGAAGAUCUUGAUUGGAGUAUCCCCGCAUGGGAUUUCCUGAAGACUCCUAUUUUGGAGGCUGCAAAGGUGGAUAAAGCUGUUGGAGUUGAGACCUUGGUGUUUUUCUGUGACCAAGACUUGCCAAUGGUAUAUGCCCCGACAGGCCCUGUUAAUAGGGACUACGAUGAUGUGAGACGAUACUAUGAUGCAGCAAUGAAUGGAAUGAAAAGGGCUCUUAAGGGCGGAAGCAGAUGCCCACUCCUGGUGACCAUUUCAAAAGACACAUUCCCAAAUUCAUGGUCUGUGUCACUUCUUGGAGCUCUUCAUGCACUCUAUGUGGUAAGAAUCACUUAG